CCACAAUAUCAACUCUCCACCCCAUCCUGGUGGCACUUUAUAAGCCCAGCCUCUCCACCAAGAGACACCCGUUGUGCUCAGGUCUGCCCACUGGUUCUCAUCCUAAACCUCUGCAGCUCUCCACUUUUUUUGUCAGCAUGAGUCUGAGAAGCAAGCGCAUCAGUUCCAGCAGCUCUGUGAGGAGCAGCGGGAAGAUGGGAGGUUAUGGGUACAGCAGUUUAAGUGGGAUCUCCUUGGGAGCGUCUGCCCCCAGUUUCAGCACCAGCUCUGCCUAUUUGGGGCCGCCGAUCGCCAGCGUCUCCGUUAACAAGAGCCUCCUGGCGCCUCUUAACCUGGAGAUCGACCCCAACAUCCAAAUGGUGCGCACUCAGGAGAAAGAGCAGAUCAAGUCGCUGAACAACCGAUUCGCCACCUUCAUCGAUAAGGUGCGCUUCUUGGAGCAGCAGAACAAAAUGCUGGAAACCAAAUGGGAGCUGCUGCAAAUCCAGACUCCAGGACGCUCCAACGUCGAGCCCAUGUUUGAGGCUUACAUGGCCAACCUGCGCAGACAGAUGGACGUGGUGAACAACGACAGGACCAAGCUGGACGGAGAGCUGAGGAACAUGCAGGGUCUCGUAGAGGACUUCAAGCACAAAUAUGAAGAUGAGAUCAACAAAAGGAACAACCUGGAAAAUGACUUUGUGAUCCUGAAAAAGGAUGUAGACUCGGCGUAUCUGGUGAAAGCUGAUUUGGAGGACAAAGUUGGUGCGUUGACUGACGAGAUCAACUUUCUGAGAACCAUUUAUGACGAGGAACUGCGUGAACUGCAGGCCAGCAUUAAAGACACGUCCGUGGUGGUGCAGAUGGACAACUCACGAAACCUCAACAUGGAUCAUAUUGUGGCCGAAGUCAAGUCUCAAUAUGAGGAGAUCGCAGCCAGGAGCCGUGAAGAGGCUGAAUCCUGGUACAAGUCCAAGAUGUCAUCUCAAGCCAAUCAGUACAAUGACGAGCUGCGAAACACCAGAGGAGAGAUCGGGGACAUCAACCGUAUGAUCAGCCGUCUGCAGAGCGAGAUCGAGGUUGUUAAAGCACAGCGUGCUAACCUGGAGAACCAGAUAGCCGAGGCAGAGGAUCGUGGUGAAAUGACCGUGAAGGAAGCUAAAGGUCGCAUUAAGGACUUAGAAGAGGCUCUUCAGAGAGCCAAACAGGACAUGGCCCGUCAGCUCCGUGAAUACCAGGAGCUCAUGAAUGUCAAGUUGGCUUUGGAUAUCGAGAUCGCCACCUAUAGGAAGCUGCUGGAAGGCGAAGAAGACAGAAUUGGACAGCAGCCCAUUGUGAACAUCCAGGCCGUUCCCAACUACAGCUCCAAGGGGAUGAAUGGUUUUCAGCAGAACAGCUCUCCAUCACCUAAAAUAGUUAUCAAGACUACUGAAACAAGAAACAGCACCAGAUUCAGCACUCACUGAAGUGUUAAGCAUAAACAAAAAUUGCUAUAUUAUACCUAAUAGUUCAUUAUAUGUUUAAGUAUAUAUAUAUAUACACAUGAGUAGUUUGUCUUUCUAUGAAUCAAUGACAUUAAUCUGCAAUUACUUUUUUUGUUGUUGAAAGAUCGUGAACCUUGUACCUGAUUCUUAUUAUACACAUAUAUAUUAUAUUCAA